AUGCGAUGUCCUCCCCGAUGUGUUAUCUGUUCCAACACAGUUCGUGGCUGGGAUAAACUCUAUCAGUGUGUAAUGGAGCACUGUUUAGUAUCGCCUAGUCACAGUGGAAAUGAAUCUAGUCUUCGAAAUGAAGAUUUCGACCCUUUUCCAACGACUUCCCAGCAAGAAGAUAAGAAUGAGCCACCACCAGAGCCAAGUGGAAUACAUAGCGCAGAGAUAGAGCCCCUUUGGGCCAUGGAGCCCAUCGAUCGAUAUUACCGGCCACGUAGUCCUCUGGAGGAUGGAGAGGCGCAACAAUCUUUAUCCUUUCCUGAAGUGACAGCUCCUAUUCCGACGAGAUUUGAAAUUCUACGGAGCCUUCCAACGAGAUUUGAAACUUCACAGAGCCUUCCAAAGAGCCUCGAGGACGAUACACAACUGGAGCUGAGUACAAGUACAACACCAUCCAUGCCUCUCUGGAAGGACUCUGGCAGUCAGCAACCGAAGCGACCCGUACUGAAACCAGUUGAUUCGAAUACAAGCAAAUCAUCUCAACCAUCUGAUGAUGAUGAGUCACAUUCAAUGCAAACGAAUAUCACCCGCCCUGACCAGGAAGACGAGUUUGACCUCGACACUGGUAUCGCAGAUAAUGAGGACAUGGAACAUAUCCUCAAUCCAAGCGCCUAUUACAGAAAACUGGAUCUUCUCGAACGAAGGACGGCAGAGAUCUGUGGUGUUGCAGGACCCGAAGUAAAGCAAAAAUCUGCACAAGAAUGCAAAGAGUCUCUGCAGAAGAGCAGAGAUGCGCUUCAAAACCUGAUGCAAGAGGGGUUUUGUGGUAACGCAAUGUCUAUUCUGGUCAGAGAUCAAUCUCGACCUGAUGUGGCAAAAGCUGUUCGAAUAUCUCUUGAUGACAUCGAAAGUAUUCUCACCUGGUUCUCGACGUCCUCUUUGAGGAGUAACGUUCGUAUAGUCACUAUGAUUCCUGUGUGGCUACGACUUCAGGAUCUUCUUGGCCCUCUGCCUGAUAGUAGCGCUCGUUCCGAAUUGGCCGUGGCUCGGCUCGAAGAUUUGCAAUUCUUCACCGAGGCUUUGUCAAUUGGUCUUGUCUCUUUCUCCGGUUCUCAUGUCUGCCGAUUUGACGAGGAUCUUUGGGGGGAGGACAAAAGUAAAAUAUCUAUUGGGUGUGGAUACUCCUUCGCUCUGCGAGACUUGGCUUGUCUAAAAGACUUUGUCGGUGGACCAGCAUGGGUCCUCGGGAAGGAUCAACCGGAAAUACCAACCACCGGUCUGAAAGUGUCUCUCACGGUCAAAGACCUCCAACAACUAUGGGGUCCGGUCUGGCUAAUGGGAGGGCCAGGAGACGAAGGCGUCUUCAUCCGGACGGAAGCAGGAUACAUCGUUCCCCUUCCACGCCACAUGCAAGCCGAUCAGUCCCUAAAAGAGAUCGAGUGUCACUGGUCAAGUUCAUACACAGGCUACGAAACCGAACACCCGAUUCAAUUGCGCAGUUCAUCUCGAAUCCUGAUUGGGACGGAGCCAUGCACCAAAACCGGCUUGAAUGUCAACGAAGGAUGUCGAGCACAAAUCAAAUUCCUGCAAGCACGCAUUCUACCUCAACUCCAACCCUCCGGAGCACAUAAUGCCUAUCACACUCUCGAGGGGUGGGACCUCACCAUGCAAGCCACCCUGGGAAGUUACGUCCAGGCCGGUGGUGCGCUGAAAUGGAAACGCAAUCCAGCACGCAAAUGGAAAACCUCGAUCAUCGAAAAAUGUAAAUACGGAAAACCUAAUUUACGAUCCCUCCUCUCCAGCAACAUUGGCUUGGAAGUCAGUGCUUGCACAGGCAAUGCCCAUCGAGUAACACUCUGGGAUGCCCUUCGUCUCUCCCAGACAACGGCAAAAACAGAUCAAGAACCGUUCUCACAACAUGAAGAGUCACCACCUUGUCGCCAUCGAAUCGCCGAUCCGGAUUGUAUCAAGUCUUGCUGGACCCGGCUCUUCUCCACAGAUGAUAUCGACUCAUCGGUCAAUAUCCCACCAGAAGGGGACCCAAAAAGGAAAGAAUACCUGAGACGCAUAAUCAUGAACUCGAUAAUCGCCCUCGAAGACACGGGCGUCGACCACGACAAUAAUCUACAGGCAUACUGGCCCUUCACAGAGAAUGCUCGCACUCACCGCAUUGAACUAUCGCCCGUUUCUGGAGGGUUCAACAACUGGAUUCGUGUCAUCAAAGACUCCCGAGACGUUGCGACGUUUGCGGUUGCUAGUCAACGGUGCAUGGAAGUAUAUCAUGGACAUGAACGAAGGUGUACAAUGCCGUGCCAAGUGGGACAUCACAUUCGUCAAAAGACAACGCUAUAUACACGAAUCCUGCUCAACCCUCCGUCGACUUGUACGGAAAACCAUGACUGCCAUAUGAGGGAUUCGUCGAUGGAAAACGAGGUGGACAAGUUGGUUCCGAAUGAGCAUUUUGUCCUGGGAGAAGCUGCUCUUACCGUUCAGAGCAUCGUCUCAGGCAACGAAAUGGUGAUUGUUGCUACUGCUAGUGGGAGUGCUGUCAAGAAUGGAUGGAUGAAGUUGGUCAAGCUCAAUAGGCGGAAGAUGUUCCAAGAGGAUUUAGAUCUGGAUCUCUCGACAGGGUAUUAUUUCCCUCUUCUCGUUCACUAA